GCAGCGCUCAGCAAACCAACAGUUAGCACACAGCAAUCAAUCACAGCGGUGAUCAGCUAUCAAUCAGUCUAAUCUACGCAAAUUCUCACUUCUCUAAAAACAAAAAAUAUUACAAUGAAGCUCUUCUUGCUCGCCUUAGUCGCUGCGAUUGCUCUGAGCGCCUACGUAGACGCACAUCCACAACGCGCUCGUGCACAAACUUUGGUCUACUAUCCGCCACCGACACGCCCACCACGUCCCAUUUUGGUGCGUGUGGCACGUGAUGUUGGUGUUGGUGGCUCGUUGGCGAGUAAUCCAAACGGUGGCGCCGAUGCACGCUUGGACAUUGCCAAAGCAAUUGGCGAUCCUAACCACAAUUUAGUCGCUGGCGCUUUUGCUGCUGGAAAUACCGAUCGCGGUCCAGUUACCACUGGCGGUUCGUUGGCUUACAAUAACAACGGUUUGGGCGCCGCCAUUUCGAAAACUCACACCCCCGGUGUACGCGAUACAUUCACGCAAAGCGUCAAUGCGAAUCUCUACAACAACGGCGUGCACAGUUUGGAUGCCAAUGCGUUCAAGUCACAGAAUACGCUCGCCAAUGGUUUUAAGUUCGAUCGCAACGGCGCUGGUUUGGAAUACUCCCACAUUAACGGUCAUGGCGCCAGCCUUACCAAGAGCACUAUCCCUAACUUCGGCAGUCAAUUGGAGUUGGCAGGCAAAGCUAAUCUGUGGUCUUCACCGGAUCGUAAUACGCGCAUCGAUUUAACUGGCAGCGGUUCGAAAUGGACAAGUGGCCCACUGAGUGGACAACGCGACUAUUUCGGCGGUGUGGGUCUCACACACAUGUUCGGUUAAGCGUUUAAUCAUAGGAUGUCUUUGUGCAGAGCGUAAUGCUGUUAAUUUGAAAAAUAUUUAUUGAAUAAAAAGUUGGAACAACAAAAU